AUGGAUAGCCCCUCUCCCGGCCCAAGUCCAGCUCUACAAGCUCAGAAUCCGGCCCAUCGCCCUCCUCCUCCCCAGGGUUCAGGUCAUCCCCUUCUCCCAGCUCUACCUUAUCCCCAUUCGGAUUGGCCUCCCGGCCAGUAUCCUCCGACUGGACCUCCUGCCCAGAUUCAGGCCGGUUCGAGUUGGGCUCAGGUUGCAAGGGCUCAGUUUUCAAGUGAAGAUCUUGCCACGUGCCUACUUCUUCCACGUCAUGAUCUCGAGGGUGAUGGUGAACUUUCACAUGAGACGUGUAUCCCUCCCGAAUUGAAAGAACGACUCGCUGACAUCUCGCCAUUUUGCAAGCACUACAUGCUUCGCCUUGACCCGGGAAACAUUAUUUUCGACCCGAAGAACCCUAAAUACAAGCGUUGGAGUCAUGCUAUACCUACGCAGCCAGGGAAGCAGGAUCGACUGCAUCCCGACAUGAGUCCAGAGCAGAUGGCGAAGUCAAUGUGGUACCGUUCGUGUUUCAAAACUGGAGACGCUGUCAGCCUUCCUGAUGACCUCAGUGAGAAAGCAGAGAGCCAAUGCAGGAAGCGCGACGGAAACAAAUGCGUUGUGACAGGCAGACCUAACCCUCGUGUCUUUUGGUUCAUUCCUCGCGGUUGGAACGAUACCGCAGACCACAACGAUGCCACAGGUAAUUUCGAAAUUGGAUGCUACUACUUGACCAAAAUCGACCUUUUGGAGACUAUCAGCGUUUCGGGUGAGCUUGGCAACACUCAUAAGCCUUGGAAUAUGAUAUGCAUUGAUCCUGUUCUAUACGAUUUUCUCGUAAGGGGUUAUUGUGCAUUCAGUUACGUUGGCGCACGAAGUCUACUUGACGGAACUCCUAAUCUGAACUUGAAGUUCUUCUGGAUGCCUAAACUGGCUCCACGAUUUCAUCAAGUUAUGGAUCUCGGCGAAAUCGAUACAUUCGAGUUGACCCUCAACGCCGACGCCUCCACCAGCUUCAACAUAGGCGACAAUGACUUUGGGAAGGAGUUAAGUGUUGACCUCGAUUACUUCCAACGCCUAAAUUGUCCUCCGGCACCAGAGUGUGAAGACAGAAUGUCCCAGAUAACAGAUUUUCCGGUCAUUUCAUCAGGCCAUGACGUCUGGAUAAACAUGACAGCACCAGAAGCGACUUUAUUUAUGCCUGUGGCCAAGAUACAUUGGUAUUGUGUCGUAUUUUCAGCUCCUUGCGGUGGUGCCGGGCGAGCCUGGCACUUGACUGGCAUGGAUCAAAGAGAUGGCUCUCUUCAACCGGGACCGCCGGUAUCAGGGUAG